CCCCGCCCCGCCCCGCGCGCUGCCGGCGGAAGCAGCGCCGCCAUGGAGGAGGACGAGCCGGAGCUGGAGGCCGGGCUGGAGGCGGCGCUGGAGCUGGCGCCCGCCGUGCAGGCCGCCAUCGAGCAGGUAUUUCCCAGCCAAGAUCCCCUGGACAGAGCAGAUUUCAAUGCUGUGGAGUAUAUAAAUGCUCUCUUUCCCACUGAGCAAUCUUUGGCAAACAUCGAUGAAGUUGUGAACAAAAUCAGAUUGAAAAUAAGGAGGCUGGAUGACAACAUUCGAACUGUGGUGAGGGGCCAGACCAACGUGGGACAGGAUGGCAGGCAGGCCCUGGAAGAAGCCCAGAAAGCCAUUCAACAGCUCUUCGGGAAAAUUAAGGAUAUUAAAGACAAGGCUGAAAAAUCUGAGCAAAUGGUUAAGGAGAUCACCCGGGAUAUCAAGCAGCUGGAUCACGCCAAACGUCACCUGACCACCUCCAUCACCACCCUCAACCACCUCCACAUGCUGGCAGGGGGGGUGGAUUCUCUGGAGGCUAUGACCAGGAGGAGACAAUAUGGGGAAGUCGCCAACCUUCUCCAAGGUGUUGUGAACGUGUUGGAGCACUUCAACAAAUACAUGGGGAUCCCUCAGAUUCGACAGCUCUCUGAGAGGGUGAAGGCAGCACAGAACGAGUUGGGGCAGCAGAUCCUGGCUGACUUUGAGGAAGCCUUUCCUUCUCAAGGUACAAAGAGGACUGGUGGGCCCAGCAAUGUCCUGCGUGAUGCCUGCCUGGUYGCCAACGUCCUGGAUCCCAGGAUCAAACAGGAAAUCAUCAAGAAAUUCAUUAAACAGCACCUCUCCGAGUAUCUGGUCCUUUUCCAGGAAAAUCAAGAUGUGGCCUGGCUGGACAAGAUCGACCGGCGCUACGCCUGGAUCAAGAGGCAGCUGGUGGAUUACGAGGAGAAAUACGGGCGCAUGUUCCCACCGGAGUGGUGCAUGACGGAGCGCAUCGCCGUGGAGUUCUGCCACGUCACCAGGGUAGAGCUCUCCAAAAUCAUGCGCACAAGGGCAAAGGAGAUUGAGGUGAAAUUGCUUCUGUUUGCAAUCCAGAGAACGACCAACUUCGAGGGGCUCCUGGCCAARCGCUUCUCAGGCUGCACUCUGACCGAUGGCACCGUGAAGAAGCCAGAARUGCCACCUCCCUCCACCAACCCCUUCCUGGAGGAUGAAACUGGGGCAGAGACAGAUGAGAUCGUGAUCGAGAAAAGCGAUACGGACAAACCAAAGAAGCCCAAGGUCCCUGACAAUCCUUUCCAUGGCAUUGUUUCCAAGUGCUUUGAGCCUCACCUUUAUGUGUAUAUCGAGUCCCAGGACAAGAACCUGGGCGAGCUGAUUGACAGAUUUGUGGCCGAUUUCAAGGCUCAGGGCCCCCCCAAGCCCAACGUGGAUGAAGGAGGAGCUGUGCUGCCCAGUUGUGCUGACCUCUUUGUGUACUACAAGAAGUGCAUGGUGCAGUGCUCCCAGCUGAGCACCGGCGAGCCCAUGAUAGCCCUGACCACCAUCUUCCAGAAAUACCUGCGGGAAUACGCCUGGAAAAUUCUCUCUGGGAACCUGCCCAAGACAACCAGCAGCAGUGGCGGGCUCACCAUCACCAGUUUGCUGAAAGAAAAGGARGGCUCUGAAGUGGCAAAGUUCACUUUAGAAGAACUCUGCCUCAUUUGCAGCAUCCUCAGUACUGCAGAGUAUUGCCUGGCCACCACCCAGCAGUUGGAAGAGAAACUCAAAGAAAAAGUGGAUGCAAGCCUGAUGGAGAGRAUCAACCUGACGGGAGAGAUGGACACUUUCAGCAUUGUGAUCUCCAACAGCAUCCAGCUGUUAGUGCAGGACCUGGAUGCAGCYUGUGACCCUGCCCUGACUGCCAUGAGCAAGAUGCAGUGGCAGAACGUGGAGCACGUGGGUGACCAGAGUCCUUAUGUCACCUCGGUGAUCCUCCACAUCAAGCAGAAUGUCCCCAUCAUCCGUGACAACCUGGCCUCCACGAGGAAGUAUUUCACUCAGUUCUGCAUCAAAUUUGCAAACUCCUUCAUUCCMAAGUUCAUUAACCAUCUCUUCAAGUGCAAACCUAUCAGCAUGGUGGGUGCAGAGCAGCUGCUGCUGGACACUCAYUCUCUGAAGAUGGUUCUCCUGGAUCUGCCCUCCAUCGGGUCCCAAGUGGUGAGGAAGGCUCCCGCCAGCUACACCAAGAUWGUGGUGAAAGGCAUGACUCGGGCUGAAAUGAUCCUGAAGGUGGUGAUGGCUCCACACGAGCCCCCAGUCGUGUUUGUGGACAAUUACAUCAAACUCCUCGCCGACUGCAGCACUGACACAUUCCAGAAGAUCCUCGACAUGAAGGGCCUGAAGAGGAGCGAGCAGAGCAGCAUGUUGGACCUUUUCCGCCUGCGCCUCCCCGCGCCUCCCCCCGGCGGUGACGGCGCCGGYUCGCUCUCGCUGAGCGCUCCCACGCCCGAGCAGGAAUCCUCUCGGAUACGCAAACUGGAGAAACUCAUCAAAAAGAGACUCUGAGGAGCAGGAGGGAGCUCAGGGCUGGGGCCUGGCGGUUGUGAGUGAGAGCAGAGCUGGUCAGGCUCUGGUAUUUACAGAAACAGCCGCGGGUCGUCGCUCCCAAUCCCUGUGAUCUCUUCAUUAUCGCGUUCUGGGACGCUCUCGCACCAAAGGAGGAUCUGACUGAGGUGUUUGCCUUUAGCUUAGCAGGAGUGAAACCCAGGACAUCACCAGGUGGAGSAAAUGGAGGCAUCUGGAAGGCAGCAGCUACAGAAACAGUUGAGGUGGAUUCACAGACUGGCUGGCUGUGAUACUCCUGGUGUGGCAGCUUUCAUCCUGGCUGAACACUGAAGGUUUUGCCUGAGUUCUGUGUCACUGCUCRCUCCCCGCUGCAGAGCUGCUCCUCUGAUCCGUUAUUUAUUGUGGGGUGGGGGCUGCCAACCCCAAACCAUCACCCCCACCGAGACCCCAACCCUUUAACAGCCAACACCCAGCAUCUGCAGCUCCUCUGAGCCAGUGAGAUGCUCAGGAGGGAACCCCAAGGCAGCCUCCUCCCCUCCUCCCCUGCUCCCAGGCCAGGCAAGCCUGGAAACAGCCAGGCCAAUCCUUCUGAGAGCAGGAGGAAAGGGCUGAAUCGAUGCCUUCUGCACCUUGGCAAAGCUCCUGCCAACCAGCUGGCAGCUUGAAGGCCAAGCAGGACAUGUGUGGAGCCCUCUCCAGCUGCUCGGUAUUUCCCUGGCGUGUGCUGGGCUCUCCUGCUGUCCCCAGUGGGAGUUCCCAUCCCUCCUGGCCGGCAUCUCCUGCUCUCUGCACAAAGAGCCCUUCAUGRAGCGAGUGUCAGACGGCUCCAGCCCCUCACUCUCGCUCCAGCUGGCGUGGCCCGAGCAGGGCUGUGCCACCCUGGCACCUCUGCUGCCCUGCAAAGGGAGGAGCUGGAAAUGUUGGCUCUGUCAGGGAGCUGGGGCUGCUUCCCGGGACAGGAGGCUCACAGCAGCCUCAGGUUUCAAGGCCUUUCCUCUCCUCCUGCUCCUCCUCUGAGCUUCAGUGCAGAGGAGAGGAAAACCAACAGUAAAAUAUUUUGGAUAAGCCCCCUUUUCCCAUGGCCCAGCUCCUGGCUCCCAGCCACAAACCCAGCGUGGAGCAGGGCUGGGAUCAGUGGAUGCUUCCCCAAGGAAUCUCCGUGCAGGGAGGCCUUACCUUGUCCUUGGCACUGCUGGAUCUCUUCCCAAACUCCUCUGGACCCUUUCUGGGAGACUUUGAAGGCCCAGCCAUGGAUGAAUCCCACACUUGUAUAGGGGCAGAAGAACCAGUGGCAUGUGCAGGGAGGAGAAGUCCCAUAGCAGUGUGGCAGGUGAGGAGCAGCCACGCUGUCAGACCUUCCUGGGAGAGCCACGCUCCCCUCCAGGGCCAGUGUGAGCCUUGGGGCUGUAUUUAUUGUGGCUGCACUCACAGGGGCUGUAUUUAUUGGGGCUGCACUCACAGGGGCUGUAUUUAUUGGGGCUGCACUCACAGGGGCUGUAUUUAUUGGGGCUGCACUCACAAGGGUUGCCAUAAUCCCUGCUGCACGUCAGGGAGGGGGAUCAGGCUCUAGGAACAUGAGAGCCAUCCACCCCAAGUCUGAGCUUGUGAGUGCAGUGCAGAGCAGCAAUAACAUCACCCCCGGGCAGGGCUGGUGCUUUCUCAUCACUYCAGUUGUACAAAUCCGCUGUUGCCUCGUUGGUUUUCCUCUCCUGAUUUCACAUUGGGAUUUUGCACGUGCAGGGUGGCUCACGAGUCACCACAUUGCAGGGCUGGAGAGGAGGGAACACGGCUUUGCAGAGACUCAUUAUUCCCAUGGGGGGAUGAAUAAUUUAUUUUAGACGAAUUUUUCUUUGCUUUGUCUGAGGCCGAGUCUCUCACUGAAUUAUGAAUAGCUGAAGACGAUAUUGAAGUUACCAUCGUGUCUUACCCAAAGGCUUCCCCCAUUUCAUUCUCUGCUUUUCRUUCUGUAGAUAAGAGGAAAUAAAAGGAGAAAUGAAAUUUUCRUUUCAGCCCUUGAAGAACGCUGCAGGGUGUUUGGAGUUCCACUUUCGGAGAGCGAAUCCACGGUUUUCUACUUUUGGUGUAAGAGUUUUGUGCCCCCGGCUCUUGGGUGUUUAUUAAAUUUGGCAGGUCUCUCUUUGUGCAUUAGCUCUUUGGAGUUUACAGCUUUGGGGAAUAAAGGAUGAUUAUGUGUUUUCUGUCUGAAAUGCCACUUUUUUACGGUUUCAGACCGGGGUGUAAUUCUGGCUGUACGCGGGGUGUGACACUAAAACUAAUUAAAUGGUUGCUGAUGCUCAUUGCUGGGUGUUUUCUGUACG